GACUCCUCUGAUUUGUCCGGGUUUCCUGUCUGCAGGCUGACUGACAGCCCGACUGCUGGUUGUAAGGGGGGGUAGACUACUUUUUUUCCCCUGCCUGUUGCCCCGCUGACUUGCCUGCUGCGUGACGACAAGAAGGCAAAGGGGGGAACAUUUGAGCAGGGAGGCGCAGAGGUGCGGGACAGUUCAGAGGAGCAGUGCGGGACAGACGGCGCGCAUCCGUCAGCCAGCUGGAGGAACCCCACACCAACAAACCCCUAUGGCUGCUUGAGAUAUAUCCACUCACCCCCCCUUUCCCCUUCCUUUUUUCUCUUCUCUUGGACUUUUGACUGCUAACUUUUUUUGUCCAAACCAGCAGAAGUUUGUUGCAAGUCUUAAUUAAGUCGCUCCAAGUUUGAAGGCGCACUUGCCGUGCACGGCGCUUGGCGGUCAUGGAUACCCAUAUAAGAUGGAAAGUUAAAAGGAGGAUAAGGGACGCCCAAAUCACUAUAGCGGUGAUUCUGCUUUUUGUCACGUCGCGUGUAACUUCAGUGGAACCAGCUGACCUCUUGAAGAUUUUAGAUUUUCACAGUUUACCUGAGGGAGUUUCAAAAACGACGGGUUUGUGCUCACAUCGGAGGUCGACGCAGGGACCCGAUGUGGCUUACAGAGUAUCCAAAGAUGCCCAACUCAGCGCCCCCACCAAACAGCUGUACCCAGGUGACGCCUUUCCGGAGGAUUUUUCCAUCAUGGCCACAGUGAAGCCAAACAAGGGCAGCCAGUCCUUCCUGUUGUCCGUGUACAACGAACAGGGCAUCCAGCAGCUCGGCAUGGAAGUGGGUCGCUCCCCCGUCUUCCUGUACGAGGACCAUUCGGGCAGGCCCAGCCCUGAAGACUACCCUCUCUUCAGAGGAGUCAACCUCGCCGAUGGAAAGUGGCAUCGAGUGGCCAUCAGCGUGCACAAGCAGAGCAUCACCCUCAUUCUGGACUGUAAAAAGAAGACCACCCAGAAGCUGCUCCGAAGCCCAAAACCUGUCAUCGACACGAAAGGAAUUAUAGUGUUUGGAACUAGAAUACUUGAUGAAGAAGUCUUCGAGGGAGACAUCCAGCAGCUAAUGAUUGUAGCAGACCAUCGCGCUGCCUAUGACUACUGUGAGCACUAUAGCCCUGACUGUGAGGUGCCAUCGCCAGACCAGCCGCAGAACCAGGACCCCAACACAGGCAAUGAUACAAAGGUGGACCCCUACAACUAUGAAUACCCCUAUUAUGAUGACACAAGAGGAAAUGACUAUGAUUCGUAUUCCUAUACCGACUCAGCGACAGGAACCGAGGUGGAUGGUGGAGACGGCGUUCUGACCGAAAUGGAAAAAGUUUUGAUAAGUGGCACUGGUUCCUCAUCGUCCAGAUCGUCCUCCAGUUCAUCAAGAGGCUCCUCGUCAAGCUCUUCGAGUGCCGCCGCCGGCGGAAGCGACAACAGCUACGGAACGGAAACCGGCUCUUAUGAUGACGGAGGGAGUUACGACUACCCAUACUCGUAUUAUGACGGAACAACAACUGCGCCUGAAACCGACGCUUCCAGACACGUCACCAUCACCAAUAUUGGCACCGAGAGCAGGCUGGACCUGGGAGCAGGAGCCAGGGUCAACAUGGAGUCCAGGACUGAAUUUGAAAAAACUCUGUCCACCAGCAGUGGAGGGUCUACAACAACAUUCAUCACCAAUAAAACAACAGUGGAAAAUGGCUACGACUAUGACAAUGGAUAUGAUUAUGGUGUGGAUAGUUACAACAUUGGUGACGUUGAGGGAGGCGCCGGCAGUAGCAGCAGCAGCAGCAGCAGCAGCAGCAGCAGCAGUAGCAGCUCCACAGUUUCAAUCGGUGGAGGAAACUUCAACAGCAGCUCCACCAUCACCCUUUCGGGCGGCUCAUUCGGAGGCAGUUCUGUAUCCGUUGAUGGCAGCUCGGUUUCCAGAGGCGGGGGUUCCGCAUCAACCAGAGGUUCGUCCACCGUCGGAGGUGGUUCCUCUAGCGGGUCCGUUACCACGGGGACUGGCCAGGAUGGAUACGACGACUUCCUGUAUACCGACAAUUUCAAGGAGGACGACAUCAAGCUGGACGACCUGGAGGAGUACGAGAAUUACGACGAUUACAACCCCAGCAAAGAGCUUCCUGCUGAGACUGAUGAGUACUACGGACAGGUCGAUGGACUUCGUGGUGAGAAGGGACAGAAGGGAGAACCUGCUAUAAUUGAGCCUGGAAUGCUGGUGGAGGGUCCGCCCGGGCCUGAGGGGCCGAUUGGUCUCCCCGGACCCCCGGGUGCUUCCGGCGCUCCAGGCGGCCCUGGAGAUACAGGGGAGAGGGGUCUUCCCGGUCGUCCUGGUCUUCCCGGUGCUGAUGGUCUGCCAGGACCCCCUGGAACUGUCCUGAUGCUGCCUUUCAGAUUCAGUUCUGGAGGGGAUUCUGGGCAGAAAGGACCCGCUGUGUCGGCGCAGGAGGCCCAGAUGCAAGCUAUCAUGCAACAGGCCAGGUUGGCGAUGCGCGGCCCCACAGGUCCCAUGGGAUUGACCGGAAGACCCGGACCUCUGGGUCCUCCAGGUGUUCCAGGCCUGAAGGGAGAGUCAGGGGAGGGGGGCCCUCAGGGACCCCGUGGACCCAUGGGAUCCUCCGGACCCCCUGGAAAGCCCGGCAGAAGGGGCCGUUCUGGAGCCGACGGUGCCAGAGGAAUGCCAGGACAGACCGGACCCAAGGGAGACAGAGGCUUUGAUGGUCUGGCUGGACUUCCUGGUGAAAAAGGCCACAGAGGAGAAUCUGGACCUUCGGGACCUCCUGGUGCUCCUGGAGAGGACGGCGAGAGGGGAGAUGACGGAGAGAUCGGACCCAGGGGACUUCCCGGUGAACCGGGGCCUCGUGGUUUGCUGGGACCAAAAGGACCCCAGGGACCUUCUGGACCUCCUGGCGUCACUGGAAUGGAUGGACAACCUGGACCUAAAGGAAACAUAGGCCCUCAAGGAGAACCAGGUCCUCCUGGACAGCAAGGCAACCCAGGUGCUCAGGGACUUCCAGGACCUCAAGGAGCGAUCGGACCUCCAGGAGAGAAGGGUCCAACCGGAAAGCCAGGCUUACCAGGAAUGCCAGGAGCCGAUGGUCCACCUGGUCACCCUGGGAAAGAGGGUCCAAAUGGAGAGAAAGGACACAUGGGCCCUCCGGGACCUCAAGGGCCCAUUGGUUAUCCUGGACCCCGAGGCGUAAAGGGCGCCGACGGCGUGCGUGGCCUCAAAGGAAACAAAGGUGAAAAGGGAGAAGACGGAUUCCCUGGAUUCAAGGGAGACAUGGGAAUCAAGGGCGACAGGGGAGAACUUGGACCCGCAGGGCCCAGAGGGGAAGACGGUCCCGAAGGGCCAAAGGGUCGCUCGGGACUCCCCGGAGAUCCUGGUCCAAUUGGCCCCACUGGUGAGAAGGGUAAACUCGGAGUUCCUGGUCUGCCGGGAUAUCCAGGAAGACAAGGACCAAAGGGAUCUCAGGGUUUCCAAGGCUUCCCAGGCGCCAAUGGAGAGAAAGGAACUCGGGGGACGGGAGGGAAGCCAGGUCCGCGUGGACAGAGAGGACCGACGGGGCCUCGAGGGGAGAGAGGUCCGAGAGGGCCGACAGGAAAAGCCGGACCAAAAGGUAACUCAGGAACUGACGGCCCACCUGGACCUCCUGGAGAGAGGGGUUUGCCAGGACCUCAGGGACCAACAGGUUUCCCAGGACCAAAGGGGCCUCCUGGACCUGCAGGGAAGGACGGCUUGCCUGGACAUCCUGGACAGCGUGGAGAGACUGGCUUUCAAGGCAAGACCGGCCCUCCUGGUCCUCCAGGUGUGGUUGGACCUCAGGGACCGACUGGUGAAACUGGACCAAUGGGAGAUCGGGGCCACCCUGGACCCCCGGGCCCACCCGGAGAGCAGGGUCUUCCUGGUGCUGCAGGGAAAGAGGGAGCUAAGGGUGACCCGGGUCCUGCUGGGCCUGCCGGUAAGGAUGGCCCCCCUGGUCCAAGAGGUUUUCCUGGAGAGAGAGGUCUUCCUGGUCCUGUGGGGGCUCACGGCCUGAAAGGCAACGAGGGUCCUCCUGGCCCACCUGGCCCUGCUGGUUCUCCUGGUGAGCGAGGUCCUGCUGGCCCAGCCGGACCUACAGGCCUCCCUGGACGUUCUGGACCUCAGGGACCUCCGGGACCUGCUGGAGAGAAAGGCGGACCGGGAGAGAAAGGACCUCAAGGCCCUGCUGGAAGAGAUGGUAUUCAAGGACCUGUGGGUCUGCCAGGACCUGGAGGACCUCCUGGACCCCCUGGAGAAGAUGGAGAUAAGGGAGAGAUCGGAGAGCCAGGACAGAAAGGGGGUAAAGGGGACAAAGGAGAACAUGGUCCCCCAGGUCCCACCGGCCCUCAAGGACCUGUUGGAGCACCGGGUCCUGCUGGGGCCGACGGUGAGCCAGGUCCCAGAGGUCAGCAGGGUAUGUUCGGCCAGAAGGGAGACGAAGGGUCAAGAGGUUUCCCUGGACCUCCAGGUCCAGUUGGAUUGCAGGGCUUACCUGGUCCACCCGGUGAGAAAGGUGAAACUGGAGACGUCGGUCAGAUGGGUCCACCUGGUCCUCCUGGUCCUAGGGGUCCCUCGGGACCUCCAGGAGCUGAUGGCCCUCAGGGACCUCCUGGUGGAAUUGGAAACCCUGGUGCUGUUGGAGAAAAGGGAGAUGCUGGGGAAACAGGCGAACCAGGACCUCAGGGAGAAGUCGGCCCACCGGGUCCAAGGGGAGAACGUGGAGAAAAGGGAGAAGGAGGUCCUGCCGGUGCUGCAGGACCUCCUGGCCCCAAAGGCCCACCUGGAGAUGAUGGUCCAAAAGGCAGCCCAGGCCCAAGUGGCUUCCCGGGAGACCCUGGCCCACCUGGAGAGCCCGGUCCAGCUGGUUUAGAUGGUCCAGCUGGUGACAAGGGAGAUGAUGGAGAGGCCGGUCAGCCUGGUUCACCUGGACCCACAGGAGAGUCAGGUCCUUCUGGACCACCCGGAAAAAGAGGGCCCCCUGGACCUGCAGGACCUGAAGGAAGACAAGGAGAGAAAGGAGGAAAGGGAGAGCCCGGCAUAGAAGGUCCUCCAGGAAAGACAGGCCCUGUUGGGCCUCAAGGAUCACCUGGCAAGCCCGGUUCUGAAGGUCUUCGGGGUAUUCCUGGCGCAGUUGGAGAACAAGGACUUCCUGGUUCUCCAGGGCCAGAUGGACCUCCUGGACCUAUGGGCCCUCCUGGUUUACCUGGAUUGAAAGGAGACACUGGUGUAAAAGGAGAAAAGGGUCAUCCAGGACUUAUUGGGCUUAUUGGGCCUCCAGGUGAACAGGGAGAGAAGGGUGACAGAGGUCUUCCUGGCCCCCCAGGGUCACAUGGCCCUAAAGGAGACAAUGGUAUUGCUGGUCCUACAGGUCCACUUGGUCCCCUUGGUCCACCUGGACCACCUGGCCCUCCAGGUCCCAAAGGAGCAAAAGGUUCAUCUGGUCAAACUGGACCAAAGGGAGAGUCUGGUAUCCCUGGACCUCCUGGUCCUCCUGGUCCUCCUGGUGAUGUCAUCCACCCACUUCCCAUCGCAGCUCCAGCAAUGAAGGGCAGGACGCGCAGGAACAUCGACGCUAGCCAGCUAGUGGACGACGCAGCCACGGAUGCUAACUACAAGGACUACGAUGACGGCAUGGAGGAAAUCUUUGGCUCACUUAACUCUCUGAAGCUGGAGAUCGAGCAGAUGAAGCAUCCGCUGGGAACGCAGAGCAACCCGGCAAGAACCUGCAAGGACCUGCAGCUCUGCCACCCUGACUUUGCAGAUGGCGAGUACUGGAUUGAUCCGAACCAGGGCUGCUCACGGGACUCCUUCAAGGUUUACUGCAACUUCACAGCAGGCGGAGAGAGCUGCAUCUUCCCCGAUAAGAAGUCUGAAGGGAGCAAAAUGGCAAAGUGGCCCAAAGACUCGCCGGGUACUUGGUAUAGUCACUACAAGAGAGGUUCUCUGCUGUCUUACGUGGACGCGGAGGGUAACCCCAUCGGCGUGGUCCAGAUGACCUUCCUGCGUUUGCUGAGCGCGGCGGCUCGCCAGAACAUGACCUACAACUGCUACCAGUCGGUGGCCUGGCACGACCAGCAGCAGGACAGCUACGACAAGGCAAUUCGCUUCUUAGGCUCCAACGACGAGGAGAUGUCGUACGACAAUAACCCCUACAUCCGCGCCGUAGUCGACGGCUGCGCGUUGAAAAAGGGCUACGAAAAGACAGUACUGGAGAUCAACACACCAAAGGUAGAACAGGUGCCGUUUGUGGACAUCAUGUUCAACGAUUUUGGCGGAUCCACGCAGAAGUUCGGAUUCGAAGUGGGGCCCGUCUGUUUCAUUGGCUAAGACUUUUUAAACGGAGGAAAGUGAACAACUGAAAAAAAAGGACAAAUGUGUUUGUAAAAAAGUAACUUUUUGUUUUUUUUUUUGUUUUUUUUUUCCAUAAAGCAACAAGUAUGAGUAAAAUAAAUCGGUGAAAUUCUGUAGGAGUAGAGGAAAUAACCUUGAAACCUCAGUGUACCUUCUUCAUCACAUGCAGGUUUUGAAACUGGAUGUCUUUUUUCCUCUUUGACACUCACAUCCCGGCCCUUUUUGGCCACUAUUUUUAUCCCAGCCAGUCCAUUUUGUGUGCAGACUCUUUAACACUUAAAAAAUGUUAUUUAGUGUUCAUCCUUUCGGUCUGCCUGCUCCCCCCUCUUCAUUUUGUGCAUACCUGUCUUCCCCCCCAAUUCUCUUGUACAUUCUGUAUAUUUUUCCUAUUAUUGUUUUAUUACUUCUGGCUUUAAAACAUGCAUGUGACUCUUAUCAAUUGUGAGGUAGGAGACCUCGGAGCAUCUAAAAUUGUGAGGAUAUUGUAAAAUUUCAAGUGCAGAAGAGCACGACCUGUCUUUGUGGAACACACUUUGUUGUAAUUUAAGAGCAAAAAUGGAAAUAAAGGACGAAAACACGCCCUCCGACAUGAUGUGACCGUUGGUUUACAAACAAAUUAAAACCCUCCUGUGUCCUCUGAACUCAACACCAUAUCAUUAACUUAAUACUUGUCCUGAAAUAUUCAUCUAUGCAGUGGACAUCACAUUUUUAAGGAAGAGAUGGAAUCUAGGUGCUAUUUUUUUUUCUCUUUUUCUGUGGUGCUAUGUAUUUUUCUAGUUGUGUUUUGAAAUGUUUUGUGGCGUUUUGGUUCCCACAAAUUCCCCAUCAUGUCCAGUUCUGUGGUUGAUCGUUUCACCUCUUAUAUCCUCAGAUUGCAGUUGGUCACUCUUGCCUGCUUAGAUACGUAAAACAUCUGGAAGUACGCCGUUUACUCGUGGGGACUAUUGCUUUUGGAUCAUCCGUGCCACAGUAGAGUUGCAAAAUGGACCUUUUUUUUUAUUUUAAUAUUAUUGUUCAAGGCGUUUCAAACCUUGAAACAUUCUACCAAAGUUUAUUCUCAGUUUUAAGUGUUUUAAAGUCAUGUUUGCAUAGGAAACGACUUGAAAAAAAAAUAAGAAAUCACCAAAAUAGAUUAGAAAUCUGAAACCUUUUCCCCUUAAUGUAUUAAUGCUCUUUGUUCAAACUAUGCACUCUCUAUGCUUAUGACCACUAGUAUUUACCACAGAUACCUUCAACUCUUCAUAGUUAAGGUUUUUUUUUAACCUUCAGAUCUGUGACUUGAACCAUUCCCAAUAAGUCAAGUUUUAGGCCCAAUUGCUCUUAUAUAUUAAAAUAAAAGUGGUUUGGUUUUGUAAAUUUCUUAAGAAAAACUGAAAAAACCCAGCAGUGUUGCUGCCAUUUUUUUUGUUUUAUUUUGUAGAUUUGUCUGUUUUGUUUUCACAGUCUUGUCAAACCUGUGUAAGGAUAAGAGAAAAGAAGAUUAUAUUGGUUUUUAUGUCAAUAAAUUCAAGUUUUACUGUGGCCAUCCACUCUUGUAUGUCUUUUGAAGCAUUAAAACUUAUCUGUAUGCAUGAAAUUGUAAAGUUUUUUUCCUCUUGUUCCAAGUUUGUAGUUGACGUCUUCAUUCAUCAGGAAACGGCUUCGCUGCAGACGGGGAAAUAAAACAAAAGAAAAAAAAAAA